CACGAACGUCAGAAGUCAUAUAUUUUGGUCAUUUCAUUCGUUUCAUUAUUUAGAUAUGUCUGAACGUUUGCUGCCGAAUGUAAUUUUUUGGUUUACUUAGUACACUUGUUGUUUAUUUUUGAUGUGUGAAAUUAUGAUUCUUUAGUUACUGUGAUGUGAUUAAAAACAAAUUCAUUUUUUUGAACAAACAUUGGCUGUCUUCCAUCAAACUGGAGUGGCAUAUUUCUGUCUUAAAGUAAUCGGUGCGAACGUAAUUGUUACAAAAAUGGCAUCGAAAAAUUGUUGUGUUAUGUUUAUGAUUUUCACUGUAGCGAUAGUCCAGGCGGUUAGUUACGACACUGAACUAUAUGAAACGGCGCCUUGCGACAGUAAUGCUUGUUUCGACGCUCUUCACGGUGCAUUGGGGGAUUGUUCGUGCAAUGUUGACACUAUCGACUAUUUUAAUAACGUGAAGAUUUUUCCCCGCAUUCAGAGUCUAGUCAGUAAAGAUUAUUUUCGCUUCUACAAGGUCAAUUUGAAAAAGGAAUGUCCAUUUUGGGCUGACGACAGCAGGUGUGCGAUGAAAUAUUGUCAUAUUAAAACUUGCUCGAAGGAGAGCGUUCCGGGAUAUGUCGACGAGCACGAAAUUGAGCCGCCAGCUGAAAAGUACACUAAGAUUGAUGAAACGGCUUGUAGUACUGAUGAGGACCAUGAUCCCGAUUUAGGUUACCUAAAUAUGACAAUAAGUGCAGCUAGCCAGUACGAAAUAGCGAAAUGGAAUGCCCAUGACAGUGCACUGGAGAAUUUCUGUGAAUGUGAUGACAGAGAUGUGGAGGCCGAGUAUGUGGACCUGUCUCUAAAUCCUGAAAGGUAUACAGGUUAUAAGGGACCCUCUGCUCAUAGGAUUUGGAGAAGUAUUUACCAGGAAAAUUGCUUCAGACCUAAAUUAAACCCAUAUGAAUCCUUUCCAUAUGUACUCAGUUCCGAUUUGAGUAAUAUGUGUCUAGAGAAAAGAGUAUUUUAUAGAGCAGUAUCUGGUCUCCAUAGCAGUAUUAAUAUUCAUUUGUGUUCAAAUUAUUUGCUGUCAGAAAAAGGAGUAGACUUUGCUGCACCACCUGAUGGUGAGUGGGGACCCAACUUGGAGGAAUUUCAACGCCGCUUUGAUCCAUCUCAAACCCUUAAUGAAGGUCCCAAUUGGUUGAAAAAUUUGUAUUUCGUUUAUUUACUGGAAAUGCGUGCAUUGUCCAAAGCUGGUCCAUACUUGGAAACCGAAGAUUAUUUUACUGGAAACCCCACAGAGGAUGAAGAGACAAGGGCAGCGAUAAGCAAUAUGCUGAGUGUAAUAUACUCGUUCCCUGAUCAUUUUAAUGAAUCUGCGAUGUUUAAUGGGGGUAGUCAAGCUGCAAAGUUGAAGAAUGAGUUUCGUGAACACUUCUGGAAUAUUUCGAGAAUAAUGGAUUGUGUUGGCUGUGACAAAUGCAAACUGUGGGGUAAAUUACAGACUCAAGGCUUAGGUACCGCUUUGAAGAUUCUAUUUUCUUCACAAUGGGACAGCCUUGAGGCAGAUCCGGUGCAAGGAACGCUGCCAGUCAGACAUAAGGCAAAUAAACGACUGCAGAGAACUGAAAUUGUUGCACUCUUCAAUGCAUUUGCAAGACUCUCGAAUAGUAUUCGACAAUUGGAGAACUUCAGGAUUAUGCUCAGCGCAAACAAAGAGCCAGAAGUGAAACGGAACGUAUUCGAAGGCGGUGGUGCCAACAUAAGAAGUACAAAGGAGCAGUGCUCGUCUGGCGGAGACAAGCCGAGGAUUUGGAGCUAAUGAUUAAGUUAAAUUUAUUGAUAGAUAAUUUAUUUAUUAACAUAUUUUACUAUGUAUUCCGAAUUAUUUGUUUACAUAAAAAAGUUAUGGUCCAUUUUGACAGAUGUCAAAAGUCAAGAUGCCUUAUUAAGAAUGGGAACGAACCAAUCGGAGAUCAGAUUAUGCUUUAUUUUUCUUUAUUGUUUUUUAAGUUAUUUACUAGAGUAUUUAAGAUGGUUGUAAUUACAAGAAGUUCACUGGUUUGGUUUUAGCUGUAAUUUAGAGUCUUUGACCUGUAACAAAUUCUAUAGACUCGGAUGAUUUUGAAUGUCAGAUUCAAAAUAGAUUAAAUAUGUUUGGUGGUUAACUAAACUGUUUUAAAUAUUACUAGUAUCGUAUUAUAGGUCUUUUAAAAUUUUAUGAUAUGACAAAGUCACAAAAAUAAGAGAUUCAAGUUUUUGAGAUUAAUGUAAUGACAAAUGUUAUUCUGUAGUACUUAAGUGCGCGGGGAUAUCACAUUUGCACACCAGUGAAAAAGAAGGCUUGUAAUUUUUAAGUUAAAGCUGAAUUUUGCUUGCAUUGUUUUACUUUUAUAUGUUAACAAUACAGUAAUACCCCGCUUUACGCGAGGGAUACGUUCCGAAGAAAAAUUGCGAUAUCUAAAAUUCGCGUAUAUCGAGGUUUUUGAUUAAACAUAGUCAAAAUUUAAUGCAAAAAAUCAUCACCAUCCACUUGCCCCUAUCCCUUACGGAGGGUCGGCACAGUAUGUGCUGCUCUUCCAUACAUCUCUAUCAGCCGUCAUAUCUGAAUCCACUC